CAGAGGAUGUUUGGGUUCUCUCUAAAGGUCCAUGUUAGGGAGCAGGAGGCCUGGGUUUUGUUUCCGUGGUUCCCAGUAAGUCAAUGCCCGUCCUAAAACAAUCCUCCUGGCUCAUCACCUUAAAAGGAAGGGUCUGUGCCCAAGGGCUGUGUAUACGUUAGUGGAAAACAAAUUGGGAUCUGCUUCUCCUGUCCCCCUAAAAAACCCAACCAGUCAGUCUCAGGGUCUGAGGAUGGAGCAGAAGGAAAGACAAGGGAUAAAAUUUGGGAGCCUCAUAGCCUUCUCUUUUUACCUAUUCCUCAGGAGAGGUGCAUUCUCUGUUCUUCAGCACUGUUGCCAUACACACUCUUUUCUCCCACCUCCCCGCACCCCUCCUCUCCACUGGAGCUGCUGCCAUGGUUGCCAGGCAUGGUUGCUAAGUCUCUGCAUGGAAGGGUUGGCGUGGGCUGUACUGCCACUAACAUCACCAUGGUGAAUCAGGGGACACCUGGCAUAGGCCUGGGGGGAGGGAUCAUGCGAGCAACCACCCCACCCAGGACGGAGUGAGCCUGAAAGGGGAUCACCUUGAGCACUGCUCCAGGUGGGGGUCGAACGAGCUAGGCACUGUGGUAGCGGUGACAGAGAGUGCUACACUGGGAAAUGGGGGCCAGUUGUAUCAUUUCAGUUGCUAGGGGAUUAGGUUAGCCAAGGAAGCACACCAUUCCUCCUCUAUACCCUCUGAAAGGGUGCAAGUGCGUAAGCACUCUUUCCUCCACAAGGCUGAGCAGAGUUCAGGCUGAGAACAGUAGGACCCUCAAAUCCUGGCUUCUGGAUUGGGGGUUGGGAGAGCCUGCUUCAGAGAGAGGGCUCCAUGGGUGCCCAAGGACAAACAUCUAAGGAUGAAAGUGUAGGCAGCUUCGAUGGCCAAGACAGACUCCUGUCCUGCUGUGCCAGCAGCCCUGGGCACACCACUGAGAGGGUAAGGAGUUAAGGGUGUGGGGGUGACCCUUCUUGAGAUUGGAGGCAGCUCUCCCCCAGAGUCGCACAAAGGCUGCAGGCAAGCCACCACCUCCUCCCUCCACUGCAUGGAAGCUGGUUACUCAUCUCCUCUCUGCACCCGAACGCCACUGCCGCUAAAAAUAAACCCCCCAGCCGUGGGCCAGCCCUUCCUGCACCCCAACCCCCUGGAAACCAGCAGAGAGUGGCAGGCAGAGACCUUGAGUUCCAUUCCCAUCACCUCCCUGAUGAAGAAAUCAAAGUCUGGGGCAGGAUGUCAGGGACAGAACGCUGCUGGUCAGGCACCCCGAGAAGCAGGAGAAUGAAGGGUUAAAACGGCGGGAAGGUUGAAGAAACGGGGGCGGGGUGGGGGUACUGUCAGCUUGGCAAGAAUAAGAAAUCCCCUGCCCACUCGUGUGGGUCCCAUCAGGCUUGGGGGACAAGAGCAGUGGGAAGGGGCGCCCAAUCCCGGGCCCCAGGGGGCGGUCGUGCACGUGGGGGAGGUAGCGCGGAGCCGUCCGCGCCGUGUCACAUGCGCGCGCACACACACACACACAGGCACACACGUGUGCCUGGGUAUAUAUAGUCCCCAGUCGCUGGGCCCGCCGCUCUGCAGUGGGCGCCGGCUCCCCGGGCUGGGAGGGGGCUUUCGGGGCGGGUGGGAGGGUGGGGGGCCGGGGUGGGGUGGGGCAGGAUGCUGGAUGGCCAGCUCUUCUCCGAGGGGCCCGAUAGCCCCCGGGAGCUCCAGGAUGAGGAGUCUGGCAGCUGCCUCUGGGUGCAGAAAUCCAAGCUGCUGGUGAUCGAGGUGAAGACUAUUUCCUGUCAUUAUAGUCGCCGCGCCCCUCCUCGACAGCUCAUGGACUUCCAGGCCAGCCACUGGGUCCGCGGGCCCCAGAGCCGCACGUGUGGGCCGCGCCCGGGAUCCCCUGAGCCGCUGCCCCGCCGGCCCUGGGCCUCCAGGGUGCUGCAGGAGGCGACCAACUGGCGGGCGGGGCCCCCGGCCGAGGCCCGAGCCCGGGAGCAAGAGAAAAGGAAAGCGGCAUCGCAGGAGCGGGAGGCCAAGGAGACCGAGCGAAAAAGGCGCAAGGCUGGUGGGGCCCGAAGGAGUCCCCCUGGUCGGCCCCGCCCGGAGCCUCGGAAUGCACUUCGGGUGGCCCACUCUGCAGGGCUCCCAGCUUCCUCAAGGCCGGAGCGCCUGGGGUCGGUGGGGCGACCGCCCCGUCCAUCCGCGCAGCCGCAGAGCAACCCUGGGGCGGCGUGGGCGGGGCCCUGGGGCGGUCGGCGGCCAGGGCCCCCCAGCUACGAGGCUCACCUGCUGCUGAGAGGCGCUGCCGGGAUGGCCCCGCGACGCCGCUGGGACCGGCCGCCACCCUACGUGGCUCCACCUUCUUACGAGGGCCCCCACAGGACCCUGGGGACUAAGCGAGGCCCAGAGCCCUCGCAGGCGCGCGCCUCUUCAACCUCUGCGCCGACUAGGACAGAGGGAGGGUGCGCAAAGAAGAGGCUAGAUCCUCGGAUCUACCGGGACGUCCUAGGGGCCUGGGGUCUCCGUCAGGGGCGGGGUCUCUUGGGGGGAUCCCCAGGCUGUGGAACAGACAGGCCAAGGCUGGAGUCCGGUAAGGGGGCCGCGGAGAAAAGCCUGAGGCUGGCUGCUGCUGGCCUGAAGAGUGGUAGCGACGGCCAUCCCCAAGCUAAAGCCGCUGGGAGCCCAGGCACAGUUCCUGCGGGGUCAGCCACUGCCACCCCUAGCCCCCCGCGUCCCACUCCCAGGUCCAGACCCCAUCCCAAGGGCUCCGGGGAAGGGAGGGAAGGUAGAGACCAGACCUGGCUCCCCAAACGCUGGGUUCCCUCCAUUAAAAAGCAGCCGCCCCGACACAGCCAGACCCUCCCCAGACCCUGGGCUCCAGGUGGCACGGGAUGGAGAGAAUCCCUGGGUCAUAGAGGGGAGACGGGACCCGAGACCUUGGAGGGUUGGAAGGCGACCCGACGCCCCCACACCUUGCCCCGAAGUUCCCGUGGCCCCGCUCGUGGGGAAGGCGUCUUUGUCAUUGACGCCACUUGCGUGGUGAUACGCUCCCAGUACGUCCCGACCCCUCGAACCCAGCAGGUGCAGCUUUUGCCCGCCGGGGUGCCGCGCCUUGUGGGGAAUGCACCCAGCCAACCGAAACCCAAUCAAGAGGAGGGAGAGGGGGCCGCGGUCCUUCCCUCCCCUUGCCGAAAGCUGCUGUUGAGCAGUCGCCCUUCUCUCCAACCCAGUGAGGGACGCGGGCUCGAAGCUGAGGGCGGGAAGCCCGCGGACUCCUCACUGGAGGAGCGCGCCUCCCGCAUCUUGGGGCUCCCGGUUGGCGAAGUAAACCUACAGGAUCCCCCCACGCAGCCAGGUAGCCCAGAGCACUCAGGCUUAGGCCCAGCGGCUUCGGGGGGAGCGCGCGGUACCGAGGGAUCGGAGAAAGUGGCGUCCGGCCCGCGGCGCGCAGGCCGGGGCUGGGCGCGAGCCCCUGGACCCUAUGCCGGGGCCCUGCGGGAAGCCGUGUCCCGCAUUCGCCGCCACACCGCCCCGGACUCCGACUCAGACGAAGCUGCGGAGCUCAGCGUCCAUAGCAGCUCUUCUGAUGCGAGCGACACAGAAGCCUCGGGCGCCUCCUGGCGGGAAGAGCGGACCGGGCCCCCGGAAGGCGGGAAGACAGCCGAACUGAGCGGCAAUGCCCAAGAGAUUGUAGGUGCCGUCAGCAAAACCGAGGAGGUCCUCUUCGGGGCGAGGGACAUUAAGGGGACUCCACAGGGAAAUAGGGAGCAACAGUGAGAGGCCCUUUAUUAUAUGUGUCCCCUUUUCUCUUCACAGACUUCUUGUACCCCUUACCUAUACCCACCCUUUCCCGAACUCAACAUAGAAGGCACACAGAUGAGAGGGAGCACAUGUCAAGUCAUGAUUUUUUUCCCAGGAGAGGUGAGGGUGUGCAGUAGACUUGAACGCCUUCUCCACCCAGUGCCUGUGGGUAAGGUCUUCAGCAGGGCCCAGGGCACUAGCACGGAGCUGAGCAGAGAGGCCUAGGUGGGAUGAGGCCGGAGGGCAGGGAUGGGAUAGUAAGGGCAACGGCGGGACAGGGCCUCUGGGCAGGAGGAAGAAGGUGAUGGAGAGGCCUCAGACUGAGGUGAUCAGGUGACAGAGAGGCCCUUGGCAGAAGCCACCAGCAAAGCAGAAGAGGACUCACUUUGGUUUCACAGAUCUCAGGUUCCAACCCCAAUUCUGAGACUGAUUUGCUGGGUGACCUUAAGCAAGUCAUUUCCCCUCUCCAGUUCCUAUAAUAUGUAAAAUGAGGGCGUUCUAAGGUCCAUUCCUGAUGUUUUGGAGUCCUAGGAGAGGCUCUUAUCUCAAUCCUCCCUUCCACAAGACAGUUAGGAAUAAGUGAACAGAGUCUGAGGGUCCCUGGGUGGCUUCAUGGACACCUGCAUUCACUCUCAACUCAAGAGACUGUGCGGGGUUUGCAGAAGAGCCAAGCAAGUGGGCAAGGGCUCCUAUUCUAGUCUCUCAGGUUUAGGUGUGGGAUCAGGCAGGGCAGGGCAGGAUGGUGGCCUUGUCACUGUCCCUAGUUUGUGGUGGUCUGAGCUGGGGAGGGAAGGCACCCAGUGAAGCUGCUUGGGACCUUUAGGCCUUCCCCUGUUCCUCCGCCCCAGUGUUCCUUGGUGAUGCUCUAAAUAGUUACCACGAUUUCCCACCCAGGUGAAAGAGAAUCCUGAGAAUGUCUUAACGUGUUUCUGCCUCUUCCAGAAACCAACAAGGGAAGAGGCCGGUCCCCCAAAGCCUGUAGGUGUGGGGUGUGAUACUCGCUGUAGCCACUACGGGGCGCGCGCAGGUCGCGGAUUUCCCUCGUAGCUAGUCCCCGAGUCUUGCCAACCCCCGGCACUGCCAGUUAAUCAAUUGCUCCCUAGCUCCUGCGCGCGGGUCCCCUGCCUUGCCGUCUCCAGCCAUGCGAGAUCGCGAGUAGGCCUCUGGCCUUGCAGACCUCGGGAGCGCGCGGAGCCCCUCUCUGUACUCGUCCACAGCGAACAGCUUGGGAUUCAGACACUGAAGUAUUUUUUCUCUUCGAUCCUGGACACCGCCUCUGUCUCUAUUUACUAGCCAUGUAAACUCGGCCAAAUCACUUCACCUCCCUGAGCCUCAGUCUCCUCAUCCGUCAAAUGGGGGUUUAUAAACACCUACCUCGCAGGGUUGUUGUGAGGACUUAAUGCGAUAAUGUAUGUAAAGCGCCUUGCACGGUACCUGGGACACAGCAGGCGUUCAAUAAAUCUAAGCUUCCCUUUGUCCA